GCAGAGCGAGCUGCCGCCAUUUUUGGCUGGUAGUGUCGGUUUGUGUUUUGUCUUCUGUCUGCUUCCGUCUUCCCUGAAGGAGCUGUCGCUGCUAUCGUCAUGUUCUCCACCCGCGUGGCUGCCUCCUUUGCCCGCUCCCUGCCUCGACAGGCCGGCCUGAUUUCCAGAAACACCCUGGGUGCAGCGUUUGUUGCUACAAGAAACCUCCAUGCCUCCAAAGCAUGCUUUCAGAAAACUGGUACUGCUGAGGUAUCCUCUAUUCUUGAGGAACGUAUUUUGGGAGCUGACACCUCUGCUGAACUUGAGGAGACUGGCCGUGUGCUCUCAAUUGGUGAUGGUAUUGCCCGCGUGUAUGGCCUAAGAAAUGUCCAAGCAGAAGAAAUGGUUGAAUUCUCUUCUGGACUGAAGGGUAUGUCCUUGAAUUUGGAGCCCGACAACGUUGGUGUUGUUGUGUUUGGUAAUGGAUUAAAUGAUAGCAUCUUUUCAGGAACAGUUGACCAAGGCUGCAUAUGUAAUAGGGCAACAAACAUGUUAAUCUAUGGUGUGUUUCUCCAUUUCUUUACAGAUGCCAUGAAGUACACUAUUGUGGUGUCUGCCACAGCAUCUGAUGCAGCACCCCUUCAGUAUCUGGCUCCCUAUUCAGGCUGCUCCAUGGGUGAAUACUUCAGAGACAAUGGAAAACACGCAUUAAUCAUCUAUGACGACUUGUCCAAGCAGGCUGUUGCCUAUCGUCAGAUGUCUCUGCUGCUGCGACGUCCACCUGGCCGUGAAGCCUACCCAGGUGAUGUGUUCUACCUACACUCUCGACUGCUGGAAAGAGCAGCCAAAAUGAAUGACUCCUUUGGAGGUGGCUCCCUGACCGCCUUGCCUGUCAUUGAAACUCAGGCUGGUGAUGUGUCUGCUUACAUUCCAACCAAUGUCAUCUCCAUCACUGAUGGACAGAUUUUCUUGGAAACUGAGUUGUUCUACAAAGGUAUCCGUCCAGCCAUCAACGUUGGUCUGUCUGUGUCCCGUGUGGGUUCUGCUGCUCAGACCAGGGCUAUGAAGCAGGUGGCAGGUACCAUGAAGCUGGAAUUGGCUCAGUAUCGUGAAGUAGCUGCCUUUGCCCAGUUUGGCUCUGAUCUGGAUGCUGCUACACAACAGCUGCUGAACCGUGGCGUACGUCUGACAGAGCUUCUCAAACAAGGACAGUAUGUUCCCAUGGCUAUCGAGGAACAGGUUGCAGUCAUCUAUGCUGGUGUAAGAGGUCACUUGGACAAGCUGGAGCCCAGCAAGAUUACAAAGUUUGAGAGUGCUUUCCUAGCUCAUGUACUGAGCCAGCAUCAGGCCCUCCUAUCCACAAUCAGGACUGAAGGGAAGAUCUCUGACCAGACAGAAGCUAAGUUGAAGGAAAUAGUCACAAGUUUCCUGGCUACUUUUGAGGCAUAAACAUAAAACUGUGCAAACAGACCGGGCUCUUGUGAUCCAGUGCUCCAGUUCAGUCAAAGAUUUAAAAGUAUGUGCAACUUGAAUGUACAGAUCUCAAUGAGAAUAAAAGUUCCUAUGUAAAAAGG